CAGAAGUGUGUCAAGAUGGACAAUGAUGAAAAUACAUAUGCCAAUUCAAGUUCCUUCAGGGCCAGCCCAAGAGAAGGAGCAAUAUAUUUCCAGAGGUGGAAGAGACCCUCCAGAGCUGCUGUGGCGUGUCUGGGGCUGCUGUGUGUUCUCCUACUGGCUGGGAUCAUAAGCCUGUCUGUCUACCAGAGAAACCAAUCGACCAGUUACAACAACCUGACUAACGAGAGAGACCAGCUACAGAAGGAGAAAGAAAACCUGAACAAGAAGAUCAAAGGGAGACGCUGUCCAGAAGGCUGGAGGGAGUUUGAAUUCAGCUGUUACUACAUCACCAAUGAGAAAAAAACCUGGACUCAGAGCAGUGAAGAAUGCCAAGAGUUUGGAGCAGAUCUGGUGAUCAUAAACAGCAAAGAGGAACAGGUAUUUAUCAAAGGAUUGUACCAAACAAAAAAUAAUGUCUGGAUUGGUCUUACUGACUCAGUUACUGAAGGGACCUGGAAAUGGGUGGAUGGUACACCACUGACCACAGCGAAUUGGGGGAGAGGGCAGCCCAACGACAACAAUGGAACGGACCAGGACUGUGGGGAGAUCUGGAAUCGUUCAGGGUUGUGGAAUGAUGAGAAGUGUUCCAAUAAAAAUAAAGGGAUCUGUGAGAAAUAGGAUAAUAGGUCCUCUCUCUGCACUGCUGUUGAAAAAGGACUAUCUAUGGUAAAAUAGUAUGCUGCAUUAGACUAGGGAGAGAAAGGCACACACAAACAGACUCACGC